AUGGAGUUUACCACCCGCUUUGGGCUGCAUUCCCAAGCAACCCGACUCCGAGAAGCCCCGGGCCCGGCGCGCCGGGGGGCCGCUACCGGCCUCACACCGUCCGCGGGCUGCGGCCUCGAUCACAAGGACUUGGGUCCCCCGAAAGCGCCGCCGGGGAGGGGGGCUUCUGUACGCCACAUGGCCCGCGCCCCACCGCGGGGCGGGGAUUCGGCGCUGGGCUCUUCCCUCUUCACUCGCCGUCGCAAGCCCGAGGGAACGAGAAAAGAAAAACAAAAAAGCACGCGCCGACGGCCGGCACGCGCCGCCACCGCGGGCGGCCGAGCCCCAGCCCGGAAACGGCCCGAAAGCACGCGGCGCGCGCGCGCACGCGGAGACGGCCCGCCGCGGGACGGCCGGGAGACCCGCUCGGGGAAAGAGAGGCGCCGAGAGGGUGGCGGCGGGAACGACGUCCCCGGCACCCCCCCCCCCCCGCUUCGCGGCGCGCGCGCGCGGCAGCACGGCGCGGUACCGCCGCGGUACCCACCCGCAGACAGCCGCCCGGCGCGGGAAGCGGGAAACCGGGGGCGAGGCACGCGCCUCCGCACCUUAACCGCCUCUCUACCCACCGCCGCGACGGGCCCGACCGGCCGGCCGAACCCCCCCCGCGGCGCCCACGACGGGACGAGCUCCGCCGAAGCGGGCGCUCCGGGAGCGGGGAGCUUCGGAGCGCUCCCCGAGUCUCCAUUUAGGGGGACGAAGGCCACGCGCGCGGGCGGGCCUGCGAGGCGCCCCAGCCGCGCCGCGCCGCGCUGCGCCGCGGCAGCGCAGCCGGCGAUUGAUCGUCAAGCGACGCUCAGACAGGCGCCGGGGAGCCCGCGCUCCCGACCGACCUGGGAAACGCACCUUGCUCGCUUCGGAGGCGGCCCAGGCGCCCGGGCUCGGUACGGUCUUCUCACGGAGGCGGCGGCGCGGCCGCCCGCGCCGCCCGCCCGCCCCGUCGCCUCGAGACACGGAUGGUGCUGCCGCUCGCUCGCUCGGCGGGAGCGGCAGCGGGGGCGCGCCCCACCGGACCCGCGCGCGCGCGCGCUCCUCCGCCGCCUGACGCCAAACCGGCGCGCGCCACCCCCGAAGCCUCGGCGCUCGCCCCGCCGGCACCUCCGCGGCUCCACCGCCGCGCCGGAGAAGCGGCGACCACCGGAGCCCCACACCCCCGCGGCUGGCGCGGCGCCUCCGCCGCCCGCGGGGCCGCCCGACGGCACCCGUCCACCGGGACGGGCCGGCCGCCCUCCCGGAACCGCCGCCGCCUGUCACCCCUCCGCUCACCUCGCCGCGAGCACACGGGCCGGGCACGAAAGGCAGGCGGCUCUGAGCCGGGCUGAGGGGGGGGGGGGUGGGGGCAGCGCUCGCUCUCCCCGUUUCCACGCGGAGACCGACAGUCAGCCGCCCUCCCCCCCCCCCCCGCCGGCUGCCCGCCCCCCUUCCUUGCCCGGCUCGGCCGGGGAGGGCAGGCAAGGGACAGCGACGGGGGAGGCCCGGCCCGGGACGGCCGUCGCGACCGGUGGCGGGCACCCUCCGGGACGACCGGCGCGCGGAGCGGCGGUGGUACCGCCGCCGCCGGGGGCGGCGGGCCGGGGUGCCGACGUCGCCGGCAGCCGGCGGCGGGGGGACCGCCGAAGGCUUCGGCCGGCCGGCGCCGAGGAACGGAGCGCGCCGGAGCGCGAGCGCGGCGCCGCGCCGCGCCAGGGGGUCGGACUGAGGCGCGGCGGCGACCCGACGGUCGCCCGGGCGAGACCCCGCCGGCGCGGGGAACUCGCCGAUCCCCGACCCCCGACGGGGCGCGCCCGACGUCCGCCGCCACCACCUCCGUCCUCCUUCGACCGGGACCCGGGGUUUCCCUCAGUAGCCCGGCGCUGCGCCCGGGAGGAGACACGGGGCUCGGACCGCCAACCCGGCUCGGCUCGGCUCGGGAAGGCGGACCGGCGGCGGACCGGCGCCGGCCGCGAUAGCGGCGGGCGGAGGGGUGAGGGGACGACGGAGGCGGAGCGGGGAGAGGAGGAGGAGGAGGAGGAGCAUCGCGGAGCCUUGGCCCCGCCCCUCCACCGUCGCCGCGGCCCCGCCCCCCGCCGUCGCCGCGGCCCCGCCAGCAGGGGGCGCGCGGAGCCCGGAGGCUGCGACGGUAGCGGGGGGGGUGGUGGGGGAGAUGAGCGGAAACGGGAAGCCCGCGGCGCGCGCGCCCGGGGCCCCCCCGCGGGGACCCCCCCUCUCGGCGCGCGACCGCAAGGCGAGCGGAACGGAGUCGAGCGGCGCGGCGCGGCCGGACGCCCGGCGCGCACCAGCGCCCCCCUCCGGUAA